GCUUGUUGGAUCAAACCAGCGGGACACUUUGAAGCUAAUUCCUUGUAGUGAUAAGUUGUUGAGAGUCGAAACUUUUACAGUUGUCUUCUGCUUUUCAGAUUGUAUUUUUUAAGAUUUAAGAUGAUUUUCCUUAAAAAUCGUCUGAUGGUGUUUAUCACUGUGUCAAUACUGAGCAGCUUGGUCACUACUAUGGAGAGAGUGCCUUGGCCCAGUCUGUGGGGGACGGUGGCUGACUUCACCUUUGGGUGCAGCCACUGGAGACUGAAGCCUCAGGUGUUCAUUCCCGCCCUGCAGGAGUUCACCGUCUGCCUCGAACUGAAGCUCCAGAUGGAGACUUCCUCACAGUGGACCGCCUUCAUGUACCGUCACCCCGAGGUGCAGCACGCUGAGCUGGGUUUGGGGGGAAAGUCGGGCCGUUUAGUGGUCUGGCUGUUCGGUCAGGAGUGGACUACGACUCACAUCGACCUCCAUCUGUCACAGUGGUACUCCCUGUGUGUAACCUGGUCACAUACGAGAGACAGACCUGCCCUCUAUGUGAAUAGAAACGCAGUGGCAAUCACACUAGCUCAUAAUUUGGGCACUCCUUCCCUCAUUCCUCCCUUGUGCUGCAAGCUGACUCCCAACGGAUCGCUCACUCUGGGUGCAAGUCACAUCCUCGUCGAUGGGAAAAUCCAGGUCCUGCCGUUCAAUGUGUGGGGCAAAAUAUCUUUGUUUCGGAUGUGGGCGAGAGAACGCAGCAAAGAGGAAGUGACAUCACUGAACUGUACCGAGGGGGACCUGGUGAAGUGGGAGUGGGAUAACUGGGACACUCAGAUCUGUGCACCGCUCUCUGAUUCCAGUCUGCAGUGUGAAUGGUCCAUUUAUAAAGUGACACUGAUGUUUGCCAUCAUCCGUCACGACAGCAUCAACACUGAGCUCUACACAGCCAGAGACAUCGCACAUCACUGGCUCAGAGUUGUGCUGCCGAAUGGCAUCUAUUUAAACCGAGUGUCUGUGUUUGAAGCAACCAGAUCCAGUAUGGAAGACCUUGUAAUAACAUAUAACGACAGUCUGAUCCGGUGGGCUCCUAAUACUGACAGGUUUGACUGUCUGGUGUAUGUAAACGUCAUCCCCAGCUGGGACGUGGUAGAUGUGCAGACUGAGAUGUACACGGACCUUAAAAUGCCCUACAAUGACCCCAGUGGUGUGUUCCAGCUGCUGGCUGACCCGAACAGCAUUUACACCACACCAGUUGAAAGUUUAACCUCUGCCACCACCAGCCCUCCGACCACCACAAGCUCCUCUACCAGUCUGGCCACAGCCAACACCUUCACCACAAGCCCUGCUAAUAUGUCCGAGCUGUAUUUCGAGGUUAAGAUGAAUGUCUCCAUAACAGGAGACUAUGACUCAGAACAGAUCCUUGCCGCCUGGCUCAACUGCAGUUUACCUGACGACUCGAUGAUCGUGCUCAACCUUCAGUAUGAACGGCCUAAUCCAGUUACCGAUCUGCCUUACAGACAUCCUUAUAUGCAGGCAAACCCCUCUACUUUUAGAGUGUCCACAUACACAGUGUCAAGGAAGAGCUGUGUCUUCCAGGUCGAGGUCGUGAAGCUGCAGUCAAACACGCAGGAAAUGGAAGAGCAGAUACGACAAAUACUGCUGAUGCCUUACAACAACGGCUCAGUCUCCAUAGCGACCGAGGACAUACAGAUAAAACGCAUAUUGAUACUUAAGUGUGAUGCAGAAACCCACCAGACCCGGAAAGGCCUGUUUAUGUGGCCCAACACUUCAGGAGGGAAAAACGCUGUCCAGACAUGUCCAAGAAACCCUGAACGCCACGCCACCCGACACUGCAAACUGUGUGUCGGUACCCACUGGAUGGAUCCAGACCUGGACGACUGCUCUCUUGUGGUGGAAACUAUCCCAGAUCUGGACCAUGUCAUAGUCACUGCUGAUAACGCUCUGGAUGUGGUGAAGAUGAUCAAAGAUUUACUAAAAAACCAGACCACUCUGAACUACCAAGAACUGGCCACCGUCCUCAACAAGCUGGAGGACAUCAUCAACGUGAGUUUGGUCACUCCAAGCCUGGGCCAAGCUCUCAUCAACAUUAUUUCAGACAUACUGGAGUCGGACAGCAACCUGGUGCCUUUCACGAACACUAUUCUGAAUAUUACCGAGGCAGUGGGAGACAACAUGGUGGGAUACGAGAACUCCUCCACUCUGGUUGCUCCGGCUGUUGCUAUCUCAGUUGUGGAUGUAGCUUCUGGACAGUUUAACAGCUUAACAUUUGGAGUGUCUUCUGAUUGGGCAGGAACAAAACCUGAGAUUUUUAUCAACAAGUAUCCCUUCAACGGCACGGUGGCUUUCAUCUCACUGCCGUCAGUCCUGCAGAACAGCUUCCCACAAUACGGCCCGAACCAGAACCCACCGAGAAUCCAGUUCCAGUUCUAUGGAAUCCCAAUGCUCUUUAAGAGCAGCCAAAAGGGUCAGAUCCUCAACACCUUUGUGGUGUCGGCCAGUGUAACCAACGCCAGCUCUCCGAUAAAAGACCUCACGGAAGACGUAAAAGUCACGUUACACCAUCGUAUACCAAACACACUUCAGAAGACGGUACAGUGUGUGUACUGGAACUUCAAUAAAAACAAUGGACACGGAGGCUGGGAUGAUCGCGGCUGUCGAAAAUACAACAGCAGCUCUGAAUACACAACCUGCCUGUGUGAUCACCUCACACACUUUGGAGUUCUUUUGGAUGUCUCCAGGACUCAGGUGGACCCAGUUAAUGAGCAGAUCCUGACCAUUAUCACCUAUCUCGGAUGUGGAGUCUCAUCACUGUUCUUGGGAAUCACUGUUCUCACUUAUACGGCUUUUGAAAAGCUUCGUCGAGACUACCCCUCUCAAAUCCUCAUCAACCUCUCUCUGGCCAUGCUGGGUUUGAACCUGGUGUUUCUGGUCAACUCCUGGCUGUCCUCCUGGGGUCUGCAUGGCCUCUGUGUGGCCGUAGCUUCCACGCUGCACUACUUCCUGCUGGCGUCCUUCACCUGGAUGGGAUUAGAGGCCGUUAACAUGUACUUUGCCCUAGUCAAAGUGUUCAACGUCUACGUGCCCUCAUACAUCCUCAAGUUUUGCGCUCUGGGGUGGGGGCUUCCUCUGGGAAUUUGCAUCCUGGUGCUCAUCGUGAACAGAGAGGCGUACGGCAGUAACCUCUACACCAACACUCCGUCUACCUUAGAGCUGUUGGACAACUCUGGCAACUUCUGCUGGCUCCAGGACAAUGUCACAUUUUAUGUAUCUGUGGUUGCCUACGCUGUGCUGAUCUUCCUCUUCAACAUCGGGGUCUUUGUGGUGGUUUUGAUCCAAAUUCGCCAAAUGCGAGUCAACAGUCCGGCAGGGACCCGGAGCGGACUCAUGCACGACCUGAAGGGAGUCGCCAGUCUGACUUUGUUACUCGGAUUAACAUGGACUGUUGGAUUCUGCACCUUUGGACCAGGCAGAAUAGUUAUGCUGUACCUGUUCGCUGCACUCAACACCCUGCAAGGACUUUUUAUCUUCAUCUUCCACUGCCUGAUGAAGGAGAAUGUCCGGAAACAGUGGAGGAUUCACCUUUGUUUCGGACGAUUUCGACUUGAGGAGCACUCUGAGUGGAGCAACUCAGCAUCAGUGGGAGUCCUGGCUAAACCUAGACCAAAUCCUCCAAGAGCAUCAGUCCCAUCAGUCCCAUCGGUCCGCUCAGUCAAGUCCAGCUCCACAAACAGCACAUCAGCUUCCUCCGACUCCAGCCAGAGAGAAUCAGCCUUCAAGAGACCAAAUCUGGACCUUUUUGUGAAUCCCCCAGCUCUUCCUCGAGCCCAGAGAAACCCCGCAGGUACAGGAGCUGUGCCUUCCUACAGAGGGAUGAACCCAACACCUGGCUGGAGGAAUCACUUGCUAGACCGGCAGGAACAAAGAUAAACCAACACAUACAUACAUCUGCAUACACACACAAGCAGAAAUCCAAAAUUACCCACGAAAAACCGAAACAGCAGCCGAAACAUAAUGUAAUUCAAUGCAAGACACGGAUGUGUAACUCAUGCAGCGUAGAGCCCAAUUUAACUGCAAGGCUUCAUUGUAUUCCAGCUUCAUUAGAUCAUUUUUUCAUGCAAUUCUAUUGUUGUUUUUGUUUUGCUAAAUAUUGUAAAAGAGCCUGUAAUUAUGAAGACAUGAGCAGUUGCAUCAGUUCCAAGGAGGAGUUGGUUGCCAAGCAACUGGUGAGUGGAGCCAUGGUGACAAUGAACCGUGGUACCACACAGUUUGUGUGGAAAAAAUAAUAAAAUCUCAAAUUUAUGAUGACAAAAGUCCCACUGUGUUCCCUCUUUGCCUAAUUUUUGUCAGAGGGGUUCAUCAUGUUAAAUUACAUUCUACAAUCAUUCCUUGAUCACUUCAUCAAAAGAUCAACACAGUUUCUUAAGGUGACUGUGACUGCUAUUUUGUUCUUACAAAUUCUGACACCUUUGUUGUGAUCUACAUAUGGUCCUUAGUCAUUUAUCUAAUCAAUGCCAUCUCUGCUGCUCACUUUGUGGAUUACACAAAUAUGAAGUGUUUUUAAACUCGUGCCGUCUUGGGUCAAUAUAUAUUAUAUAUUAAAUAUACCAACGAAAAUAACUGCGGACAGUCUGCACAAUGUGUACAUAUUGCAGCAAACUGUGCUGCAUUAAAUCUUCGGAUAAUUUUGCUGGUGUCUUCACUUUAUAAGUCUGUCUCACCUAUCUACACAAAAGGCUGGCAACAGCUACUAGUUCUGUAAUACUUCCAAAAACUAUCUGAUUUUGUUAAGAAGGGAGUACAAAAAAGGUGUUAAUUAAAGUCAGAGUGUGUAGAUUGUGCAUGCUCCAGAACAACUAACGCACAAGAUAUGAGGCAGAAUACGUAAAACCUUGAAAUAACGCUACAAAAUGCUGUGCGAUGGAAAAGAGUUCACAGUCAGAAAAUAAAGGACGACGUAAAAUUUUUAACUAAAGCAAAAAAACGUGUUAAUUUCUCUUUGUGUAUCACUUUAGUUCAUUUCUGUUUUCGACUGUAUCUACAACAAAGUCAAGUCGAGGGAUAUGGAAACGGGUCAUUAAGAAAAAACACAAGAACUAC